AUGCGUAUGGACAUCGCUCGGUAGGUUCUCUCCGGGGGCACAUAUCGGACGUAGAGUGGAUCGCUGUCUGUCUGUGUGUGCAUGUGUAGUGGCGUGAGGGGCGGCUAUCUGGACGGCCUGCUGACGCGGUCGCCCCACACACCGCUGGAGGGAUGUGCAGCCGUCACAACGGGGGAAGAGGUCGAUGGACAUGUGUGUCAGUUUCAUCUGCUGACGGCAUUCGACGACCCCUUCGUAGCGUCAGUCGAAUUCAGAGUCAGACCUGACGACCGUCAGAACGGUGAGUGAGAGCCGCGAGUGCAGACAGACAGGCAGACAGUCUCAGUGUCUGUCCCUUCUCUCAUGUGGCAGUGAUUGUCUUCGUAGCGACGACUGAGCAGCCGGUGGGCAGUCCGAACGAUCCGCUCCCCGCCAGACAUCAGCGCACGGCAGCCCUGGCUCGGCGGUCGUUGGGCCCGGUCGCACCGGUCUUGCUCGACGGACAGGCGCCGUAGAGGACAGACACACAGAUGACACAACACGGUGAGGGCAGCCAGGACGAUGCAAAAGAGGCCGCUGCACGCCCCUCAUGUCUGUCUCUCUGUCGUGUGUGUGUGUGUGGUCUCUCGUCUGCCUGUGUCGCAGCUGGUGGUGGUCGUGGUGAUGUGGUCGCAUCAGUAGCUGGGUGUGUUCAG